AUGACUGGUGAUGAAAGGGAUGAUUGUAUACUGGCCGACAUAGCGCUGACUCUUCCUAACUUUGAUUUUGUUCAAUCCCCCAGGAUAUUUUCUAAAGGUGGCGGUGUCUGUGUGUUUGCCAAGAAAGGGCUCAAACUUACCAGCAAUAAAACCUCUAAUUACUCCAGUUUUGAGUAUAUGGAUGUGAACAUCUCUCGUGGCUCCUCAUCUAUCCGCCUGUUUAACAUAUACCGCCCUCCACCAUCGAAAAAGAACAAGUUGACCAGAUCCAUGUUUCUGGAAGAUUUUUCUAGAUUUUUGGAAUCAGUUGCGGCAAUUCCUGGAGAAAUCAUUAUUCUCGGGGACUUCAACAUCCACGUCGACGAGGCCAAUGAUCGGUUUGCCACCUCUUUUGCUGAUCUCUUGGACGCCGUUGGUCUACGGCAACAUGUUGCUGAAAGGACUCAUAAAUCUGGUCACAUUCUUGAUCUUUUAAUCAGUCGUCAAUCCUCCAGUGUUAUCACGGGUGAUGUCAAAGUUCAUCCAGGAACGCCUUCUGAUCAUUACGCAGUGAAAUGUUAUCUCAAUUGCAUUCCUCCAAAGGCACCUAGAAAGACUCUAAAAUAUCGUAAGAUCAGGCAGAUUGUCGUUGAUGAUUUUAAAUGUGACAUUGAAUCCUCGGAACUUUACACUAAUCCUGCGUGUGAUCUUGAUGGGCUUGUGAACCAGUACAACACCAUCCUCCAUGACCUUCUGAAUAAACACGCGCCGCUUGUUGAAAAGACUGUUACUGUGAGACCAAAUGCUCCUUGGUACAAUGAUGAACUUAGAGCAGUCAAGCAAGACAAAAGACGUGCUGAAAGGCAGUAUGCGAAGUCCAAGCUGGAAGUUCACAAACAAAUCUACGCUGAUAAGUGUAAGCUAUACAAAACCUUGCUUGAAACAGCAAAGGAAGACCACCACCGAACACAGAUUGAGAAUAGCAACAGUAAAGAACUUUUUCGUGUUGUCGGUAAAUUAUGCAAUCCUUCGUCUGAACCUGUCUUACCAGAUUGUGAUACACAAGAACAGCUUGCAGAAGACUUUGCAGCAUUUUUUGUUGACAAGAUUAAAAACAUUCGCAAUGUUCUUGACUCCACCGAUUCUCAGGCCGUCUCAGUUGAUCUUCAAACUACCUGUAACAGCAUCCUGAGCGAUUUCAAAGAACUUUCGCCGGUUUCUGUCCGAGAAGCGAUCAUGCAGUCACCUAACAAAAGCUGUCCACUUGAUCCCAUUCCGAUGGAACUGUUUAAGAGCUGCGUGGACAGUCUCCUUUUACCAGUUACUACUAUCAUUAAUUGGUCUUUGUCUUCUGGCUACAUUCCAUCCAGCUUAAAAUCUGCUAGGGUGACACCUCUUCUGAAGAAG